UUAAUCCAAUGCAAUUCCAUUCCCCAGCAGGACACACAAACACAGAAAGCAUACGAAAUCACUUGUACCCGAACACGACUCUUCCUCCUCCGACCCCAGCCCAAACAAAUUUAUCACAUCCUUCUUCAUUACUGAUUUUUAACCUCCCCAGUCUCUCCCUCCUUACUUUUUCUUCUUCUUCUUUUUGUGUUUUUUUUUUUUUGCCCCUUGAGAUUUUGAACCUCUAAUGGAUGGAGGUGGGUGAUGAGCCUCCAUCAGAAUUUAUGUAAAAUAAGAAAUUUUUUUUCCCUUGCUGUAAAUACCUCCUGCUAGUCAAUUAAGCGGGAAAAAUAAAAAGAAAAACUAAAAAUUCAAGCAAAAUUGAGCCUAAUUUUUUAGAAUUAAGAGGGGAAGAAGAUGUUUUCGUGGAACAUCGCCAAGUCGGCGGAGGCGAUGUUCUCGCGGUGGGCGAUAAAGAGAUUAUGCAAGUUUUUGUUGAAGAAGAAGUUGGGGAAAAUCAUACUUGGUGACGUUGAUCUUAAGCAGCUCGAUGUUCAGCUCUCCGCCGGCACUGUUAAGCUCACUGAUCUUGCUCUUAACGUUGAUUAUCUCAAUCACAAGUUUGGUGCUGCUGCAGCAGUUAUGGUGAAAGAAGGUUCAAUCGGUUCUCUGUUAUUAACAUUACCUUGGAGUGGCGAUGGCUGUCGAAUUGAGGUUGAUGAACUUGAGCUCAUCAUUGCUCCUGGUGGAGCAAGUGUUUUGCAUGAUGGUUCGGAAACUCGCAAUUUUGGUCAAAACAACAAUCAUCCUGCCAAUCAUGACUCGAGAAAGCUGGAGAAUGACUCAGGAUCAGGUGGUGGUGUUACGCUUACCUCAGUAUAUGUUCACGAAGGAGUUAAAACCAUUGCCAAGAUGGUAAAAUGGUUGCUUAGUAGCUUUCAUGUGAAAAUAAAAAGAUUGAUUGUGGCAUUUGAUCCCUGUAUAGUGGAGGAAACGAAUAAAAGAUUUAGUAGAAGUUUGGUACUUCGAAUUUCUGAAGCAGAAUGUGGAACAUGUAUAUCUGAAGAUCCAGAUCCUCAUUUGAUGGAAGAAGCCAAAGAUAAUUUUCUUGGUUUAAGUCGACUGACCAAUUUCUUUAAAUUUCAAGGAGCAGUUCUUGAAUUGCUACAAAUAGAUGAUGUGGAACACCAGAGUACAUGUGCAUGUGCUUCAGGAAUCAAUUUUGGAGAAUGGUUUUCAGACCGCUGCCAAUCAACUGCUAUGACUCCAAUUAUUACUGGACAAAACGGUGGUUUUUCUGGGCACCUAAAAUUGAGUAUACCUUGGAAGAAUGGUUCCUUAGACAUACGCAAGGUGGAUGUAGAUGCUUACAUUGAACCUCUGGAAUUAAGAUUUCAGCCAAGUACUGUUGCAUGGUUUAUAUGUUUGUGGGACAUGUUUAAAGACAUGGGUUCGACAAGUGGGAGUGAGAUGCUUUGCAAAGCAACAGAUACUGUUUGUGAUAAUGCUGCAUUAAAUUAUACGUCUUCAAUGCCAGAUGUUCGUUCACUUAAUGCAGAUAAGGUGCUAGAAGAAAAUGAUAAUUCUUUGGUUAACUGCAGCUCUUUGCUUGAGGAAGAAUGCCGACUGGAAGCCCUAUUAUCAGAAUCUCAUCUUAUAUCAGAUUGGGUAGGUAGAACCCAGAAAGACGAACCUGAUUUUGGGGAGAGUGUGUACCAGUUUUUUGAAUGUUUUGAUGAGUUGAGAAGUUCACAAUCAGCUUUGGGCCAAAGUGGGAUGUGGAACUGGACCUGUUCUGUUUGCAGUGCUAUAACUGCCGUAUCCAAUCUUGCUUCCGGAUCUUCGUCUAUUCCACCUGUACAGCAGCAUGUCGAAACUAAUCUCAAGGUGACUGUUGCAAGAAUAUCUAUCCUUUUUUCCUUCUUUGACAAAAAGCCUGAAUAUUCCUGUUACGAGAGGGAAAAUCAAGCCAAGGCUGCUCAGUAUGUUCAUUAUCUGGAUAUGAAGUUCCUAGACCUGCUACUUGUCUUGCAGGUAUGUCCUGAAGAGAUGAAUUUUGAGGCAACAGUCCAGCAUAUAGAACUGGAUGAUCAUUUUUCUUCUGAGAAUGACAAAAUAGAUCCUAAGUCGCAAAAUGAAAGUGUAACAGCGAGCGGUCUGACUGAUUUAAUUCAAGCAAUGCAAGAUGCUGUUCAAGAUGCUCUAAUUCCCCUUAGCUCAUCAGGUGAAUAUGCUGGAAUGGUUAGUAGGAGAGGUUUUGAUGUGGAUGUUCAACCUAGUAUGGUUGCAUCGAAUGCUUGUAGCUGUAUUACCAGUUGUGAGUGCAUUGACAUGGAUAAUGUUGUGAAGGUGGCUUUAUUUAAAACUUCGGGCAUCAGCCGGUGCCAAGUCACUGUCAAUACUGGUACAUCUGCUAAUUUUGUUUUGGGGCCAGUCUCUUUUACAUUAAGUUUGCCACCAUGUGUUUUAUGGGCAAACUUUGGUCUGGUUGAUAAGGUGUCAGAUCUUCUAAAAGAAGUUGGAGCUUGUAAAAUGAGUCAUGGAAGGAAUAAUUUUGCAUCUAAGACGAUUUUUAGUGAGAGAGAAUUAUAUUCUCAGGAGAAUGAAGAAAAGAAUUCCCAUGGUUGUGUCUCGUCUAUUCCAUCAGAUGAAAGUCUAAGGGGUAAUAUAUGCCUUUCAAAUGCAAGGAUAAUACUCAUGGCAGGUUACUAUUCCUUCAAUCAGUUUCUAGCUCUUGAUUUCUCUUAUCCCCAAAAGUUUGGGGACAAAAAUCCCAAGGCCUCUGAGCCUGCAUCUGGCACUAGUUUGAGUAAAGGAGGCUUGCUAGAGAAUUCUAAAUCCUUGCAAUUGAGUUGGAAGGAUCUUGCUGUCUACCUGAUUACCUCUGAUCCUGGUGAGAAUGGUGGAAUUGAGCUAUCCAAUGUGUUGAAGUGGAAGUUGUCUGCUCACAUGAUUAUGUCCAUUGCCAAUGAAACUAGCCAAUUAUCCGCCAUUAGUAUGUUCUGGCAGGAUGGUACGACUGGUCCAUGGAUAACUAGGAGAGCUAAGCUUCUGGCUACUUCAGGGAACUUGAAAAACAGACAGAGAUUUACGGGAAAAGAUUAUGAGUUUGCUUCUGUAACUACUGCCAAGGACAUGGAAGAAUCUGACAAUCGUGCUAAACAGGAGAUGGUUUUGAGCUCUGGAUUUUUCAUACACGUGCUGCUGUCUCCUGUUAUGGUCAAUCUUGGUAAGGCUCACUACGAUAGCCUAAUAUGCCUGCUGCAUCAGCUGGUUAAUUGUUUGUCAUGUAUGGCCUCUGAUACACUGAAGGAAGAAUCUAGUAUAUCUCAGACAUCUAUCUUGGUUGAUUGUGAUUCAGUUGGAAUUGCUGUCUGUAUGGAAGAAAAAGUAGAUACUAAAAGUUCAACCCAGAGUGAGCUUCCUGGUUCUUGGCAUGGUUUUAGACUCAAAAUUCAGAAAUUUGAGUUGCUUUCUGUUUCAAAUAUUGGUCGAGUGAGGGGUGCUAAAUUUGUUUGGAUGUCGCACGGGGAAGGCAGUUUGUCUGGUUUUGUUACUGGAGUUCCUCAUGAAGAGCUGCUUCUCAUCUCAUGCAGCAACUCAACCAUGGGCCGUGGUGAUGGAGAAGGUUCAAAUGUUUUAACCCCAAGGUUUGCUGGGUCUGAUAUUGUACACUUGUGGAAUCCAGAUGAGCUUCAUAGCUAUAUGUCCAUUGCCGUGAGAUGCGGUACUAUUGUUGCAAUUGGUGGUCGUGUGGAUUGGUGGGAAGCAAUAUCUUCCUUUUUCAGUGUGCCCUGUCGAGAAAUUGAACAAAUGGGUGAAAAUAGUCUGCAGGAGGGGGGUUCUGAGAGCAGUGCACCUUUUCAAACAUCCUUUAUUCUUAAUCUGGUAGAUAUUGGUGUGAAUUAUGAACCAAACAUGUAUCCGUGUGCCAGCACGGAUGGUUUAGAUGUUGAAUCUUCUUCUGGCAUGGUCAGCAAAGCUGCUGAUGAUCAGUAUAUUGCUUGUUUAUUAGCAGCAUCUUCUUUCACACUUUCUAGUAAUAGCAUAUCUGAUUCCUCUGUUGGUGUAUAUAAUAUUAGGCUGCAAGAUCUGGGUCUGCUUCUUUGUCCUGUAUCUGGACCUAAAACUUCUGGCAGUAAUUACAGCGUAGAGCAUCUCAGCAGGGCUGGCUAUGUUAAAGUUGCUCAUGUGGCACAUGUUAAAGCUCUUUUGAAAACUUAUUCUAAAGGGGACCCCAGGUGGGAAGUAGAAUCAUCAGAUCUACGUAUUGUUGUAGGUACCUGUUCUGACACUGCAUGUGGUUUGAUUCGUCUGGGAGCCCAACUCCAGCAGCUGUUCGCACCUAACUUGGAGGAUACACUUGUGCACUUGCAGACUAGGUGGAAUGAUGUUCAAGGGACAACUGAGGAUGCUCAGAUUGGGACACACCUUGGUGAUGCUGCUCUAUCAGAUAUUGAGGGGCAAAAUUUAGGGGCAAAUAGUAGCUCAUGUAGAAGCAAUCUGAUGGAUGAAAUUUGUGAAGAUGCAUUUCAGCUGGUUGGAAAUGCUGAUGGCCAGAGAGAUUAUGAUGAUAGAGAGUUUAAUAUGUCAAUCAAUGAUAAUGUUCUUGGUGAACCAAGUGAACUGAGUGCCAGCAAUGGUGAACAUUUUGCUGGUUGUUUCUCCUUUUCUGAAUCAAAUCCAGUUGUUGGACUGGAAAAUAAUGGGGCAUCAUUUCAAGAUGAAAAUGUUCCAGAGUUUAUAGAAGAAUAUUUCUUGUCAGAUCUACGCCCUCUGUCAGGAGUUUCCUUUACUUCCCAGUUACCAAACGAACUUCACUGUAAAGCUGGUAUUACAGGCAGCGGGGAACUGCCAUACAGAAACAAUGGUUGGUAUGGGAACACUUCUUUAAGAAUUGUAGAAAACCAUGUUUCAGAGGUCAAUGAUCAAGCUAAUCCCGGGCAACUAGAGAAUAGUGAGUCUUCCAGUGGUUGCACUGAACUUGAUGAUCAUGGCAGAAUAAAGGGGUGCAUACUUCUCAAGAACAUGAAUAUAGUUUGGAGAUUAUAUGCUGGUUCUGACUGGAGUAAUUUUCAGAAAAGUCAGGAGCAUUCUACUUCUGGACGGGAUGCAACAGUUUGUUUAGAGAUCUCACUGUCAAGGAUGCAGAUCCAGUAUGAUAUUUUCCCUGAUGGUGGAUUACAUGCAUCUCUGCUGUCUCUUGCCAUUCAGUAUUUCCGCGUGAAUGAUAACAGCAAAAAUGCACCAUGGAAACUGGUGCUUGGAUAUUAUCAAUCAAAAGAUCAUCCUAGAAAAUCUUCUUCAAAAGCUCUUAAGAUGGAUUUAGAGUCUGUCAGACCAGACCCUUCAACUCCUUUGGAGGAAUAUCGGUUGCGUGUUGCUUUUCUUCCAAUGCGUUUGCAUCUUCAUCAAAGUCAGCUCGAUUUUCUCAUCAACUUCUUUGGUGGGCAAAGAACAUCUAUUAACUCAUCCAAGAAUGGCACUCAUGAUAUUCUUGAAGCAGGAAAGGGAUCACACAAGGCUGCAAGUCUCAGUGGACAUACAAUUGUUCAGGAGGCAUUGCUUCCCUUUUUUCAGAAAUUUGACAUUUGGCCUGUCCUUAUACGAGUUGAUUAUGUUCCUUCUCACUUUGAUUUAGCUGCACUAAGGAGUGGGAAGUACGUGGAACUGGUGAACCUAUUAACUUGGAAGGGGGUGGAGCUACAACUUAAGCAUGUUCAUUCAGUUGGAGUCUAUGGCUGGAGCUCUGUGGGUGAAAUGGUACUUGGGGAGUGGUUAGAAGACAUCUCUCAAAACCAGGUUCAUAAAUUGUUGAAAGGCCUACCUCCUAUUCGAUCACUGGUUGCCGUUGGUUCUGGUGCUACAAAGCUGGUGACUUUGCCCGUAAAUGGCUACAGGAAGGAUAGGAGAUUGCUCAAGGGUGUUCAGAGGGGUACAAUAGCAUUUCUUCGGAGUAUUUCACUUGAAGCAAUUGGUCUAGGAGUACAUUUAGCAGCAGGAGCUCAUGACAUCCUCCUCCAGGCAGAAUACAUGCUUACAACCAUUCCACCCUCUAUAUCAUGUCCUUUGCAAAGCAGAGCGAAUACUUCUGUUAGGUCAAAUCAACCAGAGGAUGCCCGGCAAGGAAUCAAACAGGCUUAUCAUAGUAUCAGUGAUGGCCUUGGUAAAUCUGCUUCUGCUUUAGUACGAACUCCAUUGAAAAAAUAUCAACGGGGAGAUGGUGUGGGUUCUGCUUUGGCGGCUGUUGUUCAAGCUACUCCUGUGGCAGCGGUAGCUCCAGCUUCUGCUGCUGCACGAGCUGUGCAUUAUGCUCUUCUUGGUGUGAGGAACAGCCUUGAUCCAGAGCACAAGAAAGAGUCUUUGGAUAAAUACUUGGGUUCAUCUCAGCAAAGGGAAUUCAUGUAAUAGGUGUACAGAUAGUGAAACUGCAGAAAUUCUUUACUGUCAGAAGACAGAACCUGUAAAUAAAUGUAAAUACCAGGUGAUUUGUAGUAGUUUUGCCAACAAGCCAAGCCUUGCAAUUGAGGUCAUUGGUAAUUGAUGUUUGUUGUACCAUAGUCCUUUUUGUAUUUGGUUAAACUUACCUAGUGUUUCACAGGACAUAGUUUUCCUUGUAAAUAGCUCAUCAGUUUUUUGAAGCAAUUUAUUGGAUUUUCAUUUUCUCUCAUCCAUUUUGUCAGUGUAAUUGAAUUUUAUGAA